AUAACGUGAUCAUAAUAAAUGAUCAGAGUCAUUCUGGGAGAGUCAAGGAUAGACAAAACAAUUGCUGGCAUAGGCCAGAAAUAGCGCGCGCCUUUUACAGCUGUUUAAGCGGUGCCUUUGUGAGACAGCGACAUGUGAAAUUUACCUCUGUAAAGAAACCGAAAAUGCGCACAGCCAGUGAAUCUACAACGGUGGAGUUAUGCGCGCAGUAAGCGUGGGAACGCCGUGUGCAAGAUUUUCUCACUUUCGACUUUAUCUCCGCUCGGAGAAGUCCUUUUUCGAGAAGGCUCUACAAUUGAGUAUACAGAUAAGUCUAAAUAACGAGAGGAAAUCCCAGUAUAUCGAAAGAUGGGAAAGCGGAAAUCAAGCCAGAGCCGGGUGGCCCGCCAACCAAAGAUUGCUAGGCCUAGACAGUCUACAAGAUUAAGGCAGUCUAGCAACGACACCACUCAAGACGUACUCGGCACCUCAACUCCCCGGCGGGCGGGGCGGCCAAAACGGGCGAGACACUCGAGCGGUAACCCCAGCAGUGGACGCUCAGCCACUACCAGCAUAAACCCGGCUCCGGAGACUGACGGACCACAAUACAGUGGAAACGAGACAACUGGAGCGAACCAGUCAUCAAGCCAGCCGCCUUCACAUGCACAGCCAAUGCAAGAGACAACCGGCGACAGGAUCUGGAUCGUAGGCGACAGCUUGGUCAGACGUGCCAAGCAGAGGGCGAGCAUGCUCAACCGCCAAGAUCUGGGAAGAGCAAGAGGGACGGUCCAAUGGCACGGUCAGGGAGGAGCGACGUUACAAGACCUUCCGCGCCUGGUGGAGAACAGGUUGAGAUACAACCAACGAGCACCUGCGCUAGUAAUCGUGCAUCUGGGAACAAAUAACUUGGGCCUGAAUGAUGCCUGCCAAUGCAGAAUCGCGAUCGAUAUGGCUCUUCAAACCCUUCGGACAGCCAUGCCUCGUACGCACAUCGCCUGGUCGACCAUCAUCCCACGCCUAUUCUAUCAUAGCAGUCGUGGUCAUCGAACAUCACAAGACGCCAUGGAUGGGGUCAGGAAAUCGCUCAACAAGUACGCGAGGAGAUUAAUAGCCCGGCUGCCGAAUGCGUCAGUUAUUGCUCAUCAGUUGGAUCCAUCCAAUCACAGUUUAUUUUUAAGAGAUGGGGUACACCUGUCCGACAGAGGAUCCGACGCUCUCAUCGAUAACUUCCAAGAAGGAAUAGACUCGGGCUUGGGUACACAUGAAUAGAACAUUUACAUCCACGGAAACGGGACAAUAACACUAAUUCGGCUAUUAAUGAGCCUUGUGGAAUCUCGGACAGACUGGGUUCGAUGUGACAAUGGAAUUAUUAUAACACAAAAAGUUGAGGAACAGCGUGUUGUAAUACGUGAGUUACAUAU